CAAACAGCUAGCUAGCCUGCCUGCCUGUUUUCUCGUUUUCAUCGAACUCCUUGUUUCAUUUCAGUUUCCACAACACUUUCCCAACAAAUCAAUCCAAUUCUUCUUCUUCUUCACCCCCUCCCUCCCUCCCUCAGAUCUCUGCAUUUCCCCCAAAUCAAAUCAAAUGAUGAUGAUGAUUCAGCAACUGAAAUUACCAAUCUCCUCAUUCCCCACCAAUACUUCCCAUAACAACCGAACUCUCUGCACCCCACCUUCAUUCUCCAUCAAAUGCAAUGUUUCAUCAUCAUCAUCAUCAUCAUCAUCAUCAUCAUCAUCAUCAUCAUCAACAACAACAACAACAAAUAACGACGACCCUUCAUCUCUAAUGUCGUCUUCAUUGAACUCGCCCCCGUACCCGGGUGGUAUGGGCCCCUUUACCGGCAGGGAUCCGACCGUUAAGAAACCGGGUUGGCUCCGCCAAAAAGCCCCACAAGGAGACAAGUAUCAGGAGGUUAAAGAUUCCUUGUCUCGUUUGAAACUUAAUACUGUUUGUGAAGAAGCUCAAUGCCCUAAUAUUGGCGAGUGUUGGAAUGGAGGUGGCGACGGUAUCGCAACUGCUACCAUCAUGGUUCUCGGUGACACUUGCACGAGGGGCUGCAGAUUUUGCGCUGUGAAAACCAGCAAGAAUCCCGCACCACCUGAUCCUAUGGAGCCGCAGAACACAGCCGAAGCCGUUGUUAGUUGGGGUGUGGAUUAUAUUGUUCUAACAAGUGUGGAUCGCGAUGAUCUUCCAGACGGUGGGAGUGGUCAUUUCGCAGAGACUGUUAGAGCAAUGAAGAAUAAGAAGCCUGAGAUUAUGGUUGAGUGUUUGACUUCUGAUUUUAGAGGCGAUUUAGACGCUGUAUCGUUGUUGACCAACUCGGGAUUAGACGUUUUUGCUCAUAACAUUGAGACGGUUAAACGGCUCCAAAGAAUUGUGAGAGAUCCACGAGCUGGAUAUGAGCAGAGUUUAUCAGUCUUGAAACAUGCAAAGGCUAGCAAAGAGGGAAUGAUUACCAAAACUUCCAUAAUGUUGGGACUUGGUGAAACCGAUGACGAGUUGAAGGAAGCCAUGAAUGAUUUGCGCGCCAUUGACGUCGAUAUUUUGACUCUCGGGCAGUAUUUACAGCCAACUCCGUUGCAUCUAACCGUGAAAGAAUAUGUGACGCCUGAGAAAUUCUCCUACUGGAAAGAGUAUGGAGAGUCCAUCGGUUUUCGCUAUGUAGCAAGUGGACCUUUGGUACGAUCAUCGUAUAGGGCGGGGGAGCUCUUUGUUCAAACCAUGGUGAAAGAGAGGACCAAAAACACAUCAAAAUGAUUGACUCACAUUUUUAUUUAUAUAUUCAUUUUUGUUCAAUAUUUUUGAAAUUUAAUAUAAACCAAGUUUAUUGCACGG